AGGGCCCGCCGGGGCCGGGCCAGGCCGCCAUUGGCUGUGGGGGGAAGCCGGGCAGCUGGGGCCGUCAUUCAGAGGAGCCAGGGGCAUCCGCAGCUCCACUGCUGCUCGGCUCCGUCCUGCACCCCCAUGGCCCCCCCCACGGCCUGGCUCCUGCUGGGCCUGCUCUGCACCCUGCAGCCCCCUGGGGUCCGUGGCAACCAUCGCCACGGCGACGUGGAACCCCUGCAGCAGGCCCAGGGGCAGCUGCAUCACCACGACGACCCUGGCCCUGGCCACGGAGAGCCCCAGGGGCAGCCACAUCACCAUGGCGAGAAGGAGCAGCCCCACAGUCGCCACGGAGACGUGGCACGCCCCCAGCAGGCUGAGGGACAGCUGCCUCCAGAGGCCCCUGGCCACCACCAUUACCAUGGCGACGUAGAGCCCCAUGGGCAGCCCCUCUUCCACAGUGACCGCCACUAUCACCAUGGCGAUGAGGAGGCACAGCCCCAUGAGGCAGAAGAUGCCCCUGGGCCCCGUCGCCACGACGACAAGGAAGAAGAUGCCCCCAGGCGCCGUCACCAUGACGCUGAGGAGGAUGAGGACGAGGACCGUUGGCGCCCCCAGCCCGAGGAGGAGGAGGAGGAAGAUGAGGAUGGCCACACUGGGCACAACGAGGAAUCGGAUGAGUCCAAGGAGGAAGGGGACGAGUCCAGGGAGAGGGUCCUGAGGAAGCCCCACGGGGCGGAGGAGAGAUGGGGCAGGGCACACCAGGGGGAGGUAGAUGAUGAGGAAGAGGAAGAGGAGGAGGAAGAAGACGACGGCUACCAGCCGGGCUCUGUAUGCCAAUACUGUGCCUUCUGCAAGCACUGCGGGGAAUGUGAGAAGUGCCCAUGCAAGGCGGGCGACACCAGUGAGCACUGCGAGUCCUGCCAGUACUGCCAGUUCUGCUACGUGUGCCCCCUCCUCUGUGAGACGGGCUGCCAGCCAGGGGGCAUCAUGGACCAGCUCUCUGGGGCCUUGGUCCAGUUUGUCUCAUCAUCUUCGAACAAGGACAGUGAAAGGCUCGGGGGGAAAAAUUUUUUUGGGGUGGGAAGAACCUGGCUCUCUGACCCUUAGAGUUAAAGGGGC